AUGAGUACUGCCAUCCUACCAAAUGACUUCCGGCUUUCCAGCCCGGCGGGCAUUGCCGUCUCCUUCGGUGCCUUUCUCUCGAUAGUAGCGGCCUACUCCGUCUACAAAUGCAUCUACAACCUCUACUUCCAUCCCCUCUCCCACAUCCCUGGUCCCCUCUGGGCCCGCGCAACACCAAUCCCCUACAUCCUUGGCAUCAGGUAUGGAGACAUGGUGCCAUGGAUCCAGAAGCUCCACGAAAAGUACGGCGACGUAGUUCGCGUGGCACCCAACGAAUGCUCCUUCAUCUCCGGCGAGACUGCAUGGCAAGAUAUCUACGGAUUCCGCACCGGCCGCAACAAGGGAGGCGACACCUUUCAGAAGGAUCGCUACUGGUAUCCCGUCCCUUACACCGGAAGUCCAAGCAUGCUCAUCGCAGACGAUCCGAAUCACUCCCGCAUGCGCAAGAACUUGAGCCACGCCUUCGCCGACAGGGCGCUCAGGGACCAGGAAUCCCUCGUGCAGGACCUCGUCGACUUGUUGAUCCAGCGCUUGAACGAGCGAGUCGCAGAAGGCAAGGAAGCUACAGAUCUGAUGACCUGGUAUAAUUAUACUACCUUUGAUAUCAUCACGGACCUCACCUUUGGCGAGCCCUUGUACUGCCUGCGCGACAAAGGCUACCACCCUUGGGUCCAGCUCGUGCUGGGGUCGCUCAAGGCGGGAGGCAUAAUGUCGAUGCGUCGGCAGUACCCCCUUGUCGCUGCCUACGACCGGUUCCUCUCCAUGUUCAAUAAGAAUUCUGCGGCGCUGCUGAACGCGCGGGAGUCGUUCAUGAAGGCUGUUGCGGAGCAAGUGCAUCAGCGCUUAGAGAGGGAGACCGAGCGCCCUGACUUCUUCACUGCGGUGAUCAAAAACCAGGGAAUCGGGAACAAGGCACUGACAAAGGCGGAGAUGGUAUCGAACUCAACGACACUCAUGAUAGCCGGCAGCGAGACGACGGCCACGCUCUUAUCCGGCGUCACCUUCCUCAUACUGCGCAAUCCUUCCGUCUACGAAAAGUUGAAGAGCGAGAUUCGAAGCUGCUUCACGUCCGCCGAUCAGAUCACCUUCGCGGCAGUAGAGAAGCUCGAGUACACGAUUGCCGUCCUGCAAGAGGCGCUGCGGUACUACCCGCCCGUCCCGACAGGCUUUCCCCGCGUGGCGCCCAAAGGCGGAGACACCGUCUCGGACCGAUACAUCCCCGAGGGAACAGUCGUGUACGUUUCGCAGCACGCGACGAAUCACAGCCCCCGCAACUUCGUCGAGCCGGAUGCGUUUGUCCCGGAGCGAUGGCUGAAAGAUGCGCCGGAGAAAUUUAGACAUGACAACCACGCCGUCAUGAACCCCUUCUCCUUCGGCCCGCGCAACUGCCUCGGCAAGAAUCUCGCGUACGCAGAGAUGCGCGUCAUCCUAGCUAAAAUGCUCUGGCACUUUGAUCUCGAGCUGCAGCCGGGCAUGGACGACUGGCUGGAACGGCACAAGCUGUUUAUGCUGUGGGAGAAGCCUGCGCUGAUGGUCAAAUUGAGUCCGGUCGUGCGAUAG